AUGGCGGUACGGCCUGAACUAUCCACAGCAUCGCUGAUUAAAUUAUCGUCGUUCAUAUGCUGGACGUGGUCUUACGUGUUUUGUGCUGCAAAGUUCCCUGGAAAGAGUCCAGAAUGGUAUUCGAGGGCUGUGACCCUCGUCCACGGCACGGUGGCUACCGCAGCUGGCCUCUGGCAAUGUGGGAUCUUUACUCUAACAAGGGAACGCCUCACCAGUAAAAUAACAUGGGCUCACUAUGCCACAAUGGUCUGGUCAUGGGGUUACUUCGCGUUCGACCUACUCUGGUGCAUAAUAUAUUGGACGGAUAGUUAUGUGAUGCUGUGUCACCAUAUCAGUGCCCUGAUCGCCAUAAACAUUUACAUGAGUAAGCAGUAUACGGGCUGCACUUUCGCUUGCACUCUCGCAUUGAUGGAAGUCACUAAUCCUCUUCUACAAACAAGAUGGUUCUUAAGAUACGAAGGUUGUAAUAAGAACAUCUUAUACCAUGUAGUAGAGAUUAUGUACUUGAUAUCAUUCCUUACUCUCCGUGGUGUUGUUGGUACCUACUUGACAUACGAAAUUCUGCAUUCUGAUAUAUUUGACAUGGAUGAGAAAUUAAUAUCACUUGUCUUCUAUAUUGUUUCCCUUAUCUUCAUAUCUCAAAUAGUGGGCUAUGUUGCCUACAAAUAUAAGACUAAAAUUCAUCAUCACACGUGGAUAUAA